UCAACUUUCUCGACUACAAAAAAUUCAAAACUACUCUCCUUUCUGGGCCGAUACGUAUGUCUGUACUCGUAAGAUCUUAUGUAACGGGACAUGUGUCCUUGUCCUGAAGCGAGUAACGACUUUAAAUCAAACUCUCGAGCGUGAGGUAGCGAAUUUCGACUAAAAGCAACCACCAAAACCAUUUUCGGUUUUUGCUAUAUAUGGAGGUGGGAGCUCCAUGUUUUGUGAAAAGAGAGGUGUUUUUGCUUUAGCCCUUGUUGAUAGUCGUCUACUUUCCAUAUAGAGCUAGCUAGCUGCAGGAGGGAUUUGGAGAAACCCUAGAACUUUGUUGGAGGGUGGAGAUCUAAUAGAAUGGGGAGGGGGAAGAUUGUGAUCCGUAGGAUCGACAAUUCGACGAGCAGGCAAGUGACUUUCUCAAAGAGGAGGAAUGGACUGUUGAAGAAGGCUAAGGAAUUGUCAAUCCUCUGUGAUGCUGAAGUGGGAUUGAUCAUCUUCUCCAGCACUGGGAAGCUCUAUGAUUUUGCUAGCACCAGCAUGAAAUCUGUGAUUGAUCGAUACAACAAACUGAAAGAGGAGCAUUACCAUCUGCUGCACCCUACUUCAGAGAUCAAGUUUUGGCAAAGGGAAGCAGCAAGCUUGAGGCAACAGCUUCAGUACUUGCAAGAAAGCCACAGGCAGCUUUUGGGAGAAGAACUUUCUGGAUUGAGCAUCAAAGACCUCCAAAAUCUGGAAAAUCAGCUGGAAAUGAGUCUGAAAGGCGUGCGUAUGAAAAAGGAACAAGCUCUGACUGAAGAAAUCAAAGAAUUAAACCUCAAGGGAAGCCUCAUUCAUCAAGAAAACAUAGAACUACACAAGAAGAUAAACCUUGUUCGUCAAGAGAAUGCAGAAUUGCAUAAAAAGGUUUAUGGCCCAGGGGGCAUAAGUGAAGAGAACAGGGUGGGUCACAUUACUCAUGGCAUCAACAAGGAAUAUGAUUUACAUGCACCUAUAAACCUUGAGCUCAGCCAGCCACAAAAUGAGAAAAGUGACACGCCAGAUCUGAUGAAGCUGGGGCUUCAACUGCAUUGAGAGCUGCUGGCAGCCAGAAAAUAUGUUCACCUGUUCUGCAUCAGCUGAGCCCAAAGCUCAAACCACCAGGUUUCAACUGACCAGAAAUGUUAUGGUAGAGUGACAGGAUGAAUGUGCAUACAGCAUCACCGCCAUCAGAUUUCUGUUCGAUGAAAUCAUAUGGAAAAGAUUGAGAAGUUUAUUUGAACAAAAAUCCAUGGGGAACUGUGUAAAGUUGUUAAUAAAUGCUGAAGGGAGAAACAGUGAAUGCACAAGGAUCAAUUUAGCUAGCUCUUCUGACAAUUUGUGAUUGUAAACUCGGUUAUCUGCAUAAACUUGGACGAUUGAAGUACUACUGACUGCUCAAAAGAAUGCUGAAAGUUGACGAGUCGUAUUAAACUGCACAAUCUCUCCCUAUUCAGUUAAUGAAAACAUAAAAAAUGGAAAACUGACAUCCUUGUGAAUAUGAACACCAAACCUGAAGUACUGAUUCUGCAGCAAAAUAGUUUAACUGCGCAAAUUUUUUUUAACAUAAUUGUCAACUUAAGAAUUAUUCACUAGUAACAAAAUCGUCCUAUAUCAUGAACUUAAUCGCAUGUCUGCUAAGAGACUAUGCAUAAUUGAAAUAAGCUAGUUAGCCAGCAGGAAAUACCUUGACUAUAAAAAAUUAUGUGGAAUCCGACCAGGUAAAGAGCCCCUCAGUGA